UGGUUAGUGUUCUUUAGGGUGUCGUCGGAGUGGAAUGUUGUUUCGCGGUUCUCCGCCAUCGUCGGCCUUGUUGAUUCAAAAUGCCGACUGAAUGUGAAAUCAAGUUCGAUAGCAACCCAAAUGGAGUGUACUUCUCAGGUCAAACGUUGACCGGACAUGUGGAGCUGCGCCUGGACAAUCCAAAGAAAGUUAAAAACUUAAAAUUAAUCAUCUCCGGAUGCGCGGAAGUCAAAUGGACAAAGAACAAAAUCAAACGCAAUGGAGCAGCAGUAGUAAACCGCUCGGGGAGAAUAAAGAGAGAAACGUACUCGGGAAAAGAGGAGUUUAUAACUUCAGAGUUUGCUUUGAUUCCUCGAGUCGAUGAUGACGCCAUCGAAAUACCGGCCGGGACACAUGAGUACACAUUCUCGUGCCAGAUACCUCCACAGGCGGCCACAUCGUUCGAGGGGGAACUCGGAAAGGUUCGAUACACCAUACGUGCCGUUCUCGUCCGGCCGUGGAAGUUCGAUCAAACCUGCACGAUUGCCUUCACAGUAUUACAGCCAUUAGAUCUGAACCAAGAGGUAACUAAACUUGGCCAACCCAAGAAAAUAGACCGAUCCAGAAGAUUCUGUUGCUGGCCAUGUAUUUCCGGUCCAAUGAGCUUCUCAAUUGAACUACCCGUAAGUGGAUACGUUCCAGGUCAAAAAAUUCCCAUUACUGUAAGCCUGAACAAUGCAAGUAACGUGCCUAUUCGUGGGAUUAGAAGUAAGCUCGUGCGAAAAGUUUACUUCAUAAGUCAAACACCGAGCCGAAAAACCAGAUCUGUGACGAAAACGGUGACCAAAAUUUUGACACCGGUUACAAACGACGAAUCCGAUCAAUACACGCAGGAUCUGAUGAUUCCUGCCACCGCUCCGACCGGAAAAUGUUCGAUCCUAACCAUAGAUUACGAACUCAAAGUGCAAAUACAACUGGGCGGUUGCCGAUCGAAUCAGGAAUAUACCAUUCCCAUUACCAUUGGAACUGUUCCUUUUACGACGACAACGCCAACAUCAGCAACAGUACCACCAUUAGCACCAACAGAGGACGUAAUGAAUGUUUCCGGUUUGGGGUGGAUCGGUGGAAUGCCAAUACCUUCUGUAGCCAAUAGUGUUCCCCCGUCGUCCAUGCCGUUACUUCCCAAUGCGCAAAUGUCACCAAAACCGCCUUAUCCUACAUCUCCAGCACCACCGGCGAUUGGAUUUUUGCCUCCCAGUUACCAGGAGGUCAUGAAUCAGUCGGCAGUCAAUAUGAAUGACGGCGAACCGAACGCGAUCGGAUUCCAAGCGUACAUUCCGAGAUAUCCGGUGUACAACUUUGGUUCUCCGGUGAGAAUGUAGAAUGUGAUCCAACCAAUACUCAACGGGCAAUUUUUUUUUACAAUCGCCGUUUGACGGGGGCCUGCCUUUGCUAAGUCGGUAAAGGCGCAGCUACAGAACAAGACCAUGCUGGAGGUGGCUGGGAUCGAUUCCCGGUCCGACCUAGGUUUUUUU